GCUGGACAGGCAAAGCAACUCAAACUUGAAGAAAUGAAACAUCCAGGGAGAACCACAUUGUGCUUCGUGAUCCUUGUGAUUUAUUCUUCCCAAGUCACAGCGACCUGGAAUAUAGAGUCUAUUGUUCAUCCUUUGAGUCUCCAGGAGCAUGAACUAGCAGAGGAGGAGCCACUGAGGCAGAAACGAGCGGUUGCCACGAGUCAUCCUACAGCUAAAGAGUACACUGUUGAUAUCGAGAUCAGUUUUAAAAAUGCCUCCUUCCUGGAUCCUGUCAAAGCUUACCUGAACAGCCUCAGUUUCCCAAUUCAAGGCAAUGACACUGACCCCAUUGCCAACAUUCUGAGCAUAGAGGUGACAACAGUCUGCAGACCUACUGGAAAUGAAAUCUGGUGCUCCUGUGAGACAGGCUACAGGUGGCCUCAGGAACAGUGCCUUCACAAUCUCACAUGUCAAGAGCAUGACCACGCCCCUGCAGGGCAUCGUUGCAAUUGCCUUAAAGGACUGCCUCCCAAUGGACCCUUUUGUCAGCUCCAGAGAGACAUAACCCUGAGAAUGUCAGUCAGACUCAAUGUGGGCUUUCAAGAAGACCUCAGGAACACUUCCUCUGCCCUCUACAGGUCCUACAAGACUGACUUGGAAACAGCGUUCUGGAAAGGUUACAGUAUUUUACCUGGCUUCAAAUUGGUGACUGUGACAGGGUUCAGGCCCGGAAGUGUGGUUGUGGCAUAUGAAAUCAGAACUACAACGCCAUCCCCUGGAUUAAUGCACAGAGCGAAUGAGCUGGUCACACAGAACCUCAACCAGACCUACAAAAUGGACUACACUUCUUUCCAAGCAGUGACUAGUAAUGAAACCAGGUUCUCUGUCACACCAGAAAUCAUCUUUGAAGGUGAUACGGUAACUCUGGUGUGUGAAACCGACGUUCCGUCCUCCAACGUGUCCUGGCACCACGUGGGGAGGCUCUCCGACAUCCAGAAUGGCAGCCGGUUCUGGGUGUACACCACCGUGCUCAACAACCUGACCUCUGUGUCGCGCCUCACCGUGUUCAACAUCACUCUGGGGGACGCGGGUGAAUAUAUUUGCAAACUGACCAUAGAUAUUUUUGAAUAUGAGUCCAGAAAAAAGAUUAAUGUGACCCCCAUCCGAAUUUUGGCAAAUGAAGACAUGAAGGUGACGUGUGACAACAGUCCUGUGUCUCUGAACUGCUGCAGUGAGAUCAAUGUGAACUGGAGUCAAGUGAAAUGGAAGCAGGAGGGGGAGAUAACCAUUCCAGGGAACUCUGAAGCAGACUCAGGUUCCAGCUGCAGCAGGUACACCCUCAAGGCCGACGGGAGUCAGUGUCCCAGUGGGUCCGCCGGAAGGACAGUCAUCUACACGUGUGAGUUCAUCAGCUUCCACGGAGCCCGAGGCAGUAAGAGCAUAGAAGUGACAUUCACGUCUGUGGCCAACUUAACAAUAACCCCGGACCCAAUUUCUGUUUCUGAGGGACAAAACUUUUCUAUAAAGUGCAUCAGUGAUGUGAGUAACUAUGAUGAGGUGUAUUGGAAAACUUCUGCUGGAAUUAAAAUAUACCAAAGGUUUUACACCGCAAGGAAGUAUCCUGAUAGAGCGGAGUCGGUGCUGACUGUGAGGAGCUCGACAAGGGAGUGGAACGGAACCUAUCAGUGCAUGUUUAAAUAUAAGAAUUCAUACAGUUUUGCCACCAAAGAUGUCACUGUUCACCCGCUGCCUCAAGAGCCGAACAUCAUGGUCGACCCUUUGGAAGCUUCAAUCCCAUGCACAGGUUCCCAUCCCUUCACAUGCUGCGUGGAGGAGGAUGAAGACUACAAAGUCACUUUCCAAGUGGACACCCUGUCCUUUCCUGCUGCAAAAGAAGUUCAUGGAAAGCAAGUGUGCUACAAAUUCAAUUUCAUGGCAAAAUCAAUAGUUUCCUGGUGUCCAAAACAUGUCAACGUGUUCUGUCACUUCACCAAUGCCGCUAAUAAUUCAGUCCGGAGUCGGUCUAUGAAGCUGAAUCUGGUGCCUGGAGAGAACAUCGCAUGUCGAGAUCCCAUAAUAGGUGUGGGGGAGCCUGGGAAAGUGAUCCCGAAGCUCUGCCGGUUCUCGAACCUGUCCAGUAGCCCUGCGAGUCCUGUUGGAGGGAUCAUGACCUACAAAUGUGUGGGCUCCCAAUGGGAGGUGAAGAAAAGCGACUGCAUUUCUGCCCCAAUAAACAGUCUGCUCCAGUUGGCCAAGGCUUUGAGCAAGAGCCCCUCUCAGGACAAGAAGCUGCCUACAUACCUGAAGGACCUUUCUGUCAGCACAGACAAGGUGGCACAUGAAGUCAGUUCAUCUCCGGGGAACCUGGGAGCCAUUGUUAACAUCCUUGAUUUGCUCUCAACAGUUCCAAUCCAAGUGAAUUCAGAAAUGAUGAUGAAUGUUCUCCUUACGCUCAAUGUCAUCCUUGACAAGCCCAUCCUGAGUACGUGGAAGGUGUUACAACAGCAACAGACCAAUCACAGCUCACAGCUACUAGAUUCUGUGGAAAGAUUUUCCCGAGCAUUACGGUCAAAAGAUAGCACCAUUUUGUCCAUCUCCCACACCAACGUGCAGAUGAGGGGCAUGGUAAUAAAAUCUGGCUCUCCAAAACCCUACGAACAGAGGUUUGUUUUCUCAGACUCCGACCUUUGGGGCAAUGUGGCUAUUGACGAGUGCCACGUGGAGAACUUGCAGCCAGACACAUCUAUUGUCACCGUGGCUUUCCCAACUCUCAAAACCAUCCUCGCCCAGGAUACUCAGGGCAAGAAUUUUGCAGACAGCUUAGUGAUGACAACCACUGUCAGCCACACAAUAACCGCUCCAUUCAGGAUUUCAAUGACUUUUAAGAACAACAACUCCUUAGGUGGGAAACCACAAUGUGUCUUCUGGAACUUCAGCCUCGCCAACUAUACAGGAGGGUGGGAUAGCAGUGGGUGCUAUAUGAAAGUCGAUGGGGACAGUGUCGUCUGCAGCUGUGACCACCUAACGUCAUUCUCCAUCCUCAUGUCCCCUGACUCCCCAGACCCUGAUUCUCUCCUGAAAAUACUGCUGGAUAUCAUUUCCUACAUUGGGUUGUGCUUUUCCAUCCUGAGCUUAGCAGCCUGUCUAGUUGUGGAAGCUGUGGUAUGGAAGUCCGUGACCAAGAAUCGGACUUCCUAUAUGCGUCACAUCUGCAUAGUGAACAUUGCAGCCUCCCUUCUGGUUGCUGACAUCUGGUUCAUUGUGGCCUCCACCAUCCGGGACCAUCACUACGUACUCAAUGAGACAGCCUGUGUGGCUGCCACCUUCUUCAUCCACUUCUUCUACCUCAGCGUCUUUUUCUGGAUGCUGACUCUGGGCCUCAUGCUCUUCUACCGCCUGGUUUUCAUCCUGCAUGAUUCAAGCAAAUCCAUUCAGAAGGCUAUUGCCUUUUCUCUCGGCUAUGGAUGCCCUCUUAUCAUCUCAGUCAUCACAGUGGGUGCCACUCAGCCUAGGGAAGUCUACACGAGGAAGAAUGCCUGUUGGCUCAACUGGGAGGACACCAAGGCUCUGCUGGCCUUCGUCAUCCCAGCACUGAUCAUCGUGGUGGUGAACAUGACCAUCACCGUUGUGGUCAUCACCAAGAUCCUGAGACCUUCCAUUGGAGACAAGCCCAACAAGCAGGAGAAGAACAGCCUGUUUCAGAUCACCAAGAGCAUUGGAGUCCUCACGCCACUCUUGGGGCUCACCUGGGGUUUUGGCCUCGCCACUGUGUUCCAGGGAAGCAAUGCUGUGUUCCAUAUUGUGUUUACCCUCCUCAAUGCCUUCCAGGGAUUAUUCAUUCUGCUCUUUGGGUGCCUCUGGGACCAGAAGGUACAGGAAGCUUUGCUGAAAAAGUAUUCUCUGUCAAGAUGGUCUUCACAGCACUCAAAGUCAACAUCCCUAGGUUCGUCAACACCUGUAUUUUCUAUGAGUUCUCCAAUAUCAAGAAGAUUCAACAAUUUGUUUGGUAAAACAGGAACCUACAAUGUUUCCACCCCGGAAACAACCAGCUCAUCCUUGGAAAACACAUCCAGUGCUUAUUCGUUGCUCAACUAAGAACAGGAGAAUCCAACCCAUGUGACUCUCGGGGAACAGUGGCUGUGCUCUGAAAAAGAGAUCCUUUCCAAGCCCUGGGUAACACAUCCCUCCACAGGCUUCUGGGAGCUGAUGCCGAAGAGACUUUUUCAGUAGGGAAGAGCCUUUCUUGUGUAAAGACGGACGAAAAGUAAUUAAUUGUUCCAUUUAUUUUGCUGCCCCACCCCCACCCUUUGUGUGAUACCAAAUGUGUAUAGUAUUUAAGUGAAACUCAACUUUCCCAAAGCCCAACUAUCUGUCUAUAUUGUAAAAUAGAAUUUGAAAGAGACAUUCUCACUUUUCACAUGUUGGCCACAAAGAUAAGCUUUCAUUAAAAUAAUAAGUAAAAAUGCUAGUACCUAGGAAAUACUUCAGUGAAUUUAAGGAAGGAAGGAAGGAAGGAAGGAAGGAAGGAAGGAAGGAAGGAAGGAAG